UGUUUUAAAACUGAUAUAAAGAAAAUUGAACUAUUUAAUGUAAUCAUAUGUAAUAUCUAGAAGAAUUUGAUUUAAAUAGGUUAUAAACUGUAAAUAUUGAGAUAUUAUCAAGUCAAGUUAUUCACGAUUUUGAAAAAAUUCGAGAUCGUGAAUAAAGGAAUAUCAAAAUGAUAUCUCUUGAUCUUUUUCCGUGUUAGCUGUCAAAUAGACAGAUAUAACCUAAAAGGUGCGAAUUUGAGAAAUUUAUCGAAACUAUAAAAAUGGAUGUUGUAACAACGAGUCUCGAAGCUCUGAUACAAAGGGUAACGAACCCGCAAAAUCAGAAACCUGAUAUAGCAGCAACCGAAGCAUUCUGCGUGAUGCUUACUAAGGAAACAGAAGGCAUUCAAAUAGGUGCUAAACUAUUAGCAACACGUAUUCAAUCAUCUAACGAAUUUGAAGCGCUUCAAGGCCUUAGCUUGCUGGAUACAUGUAUGAAAAGGUGCGGGCCAUCUUUUCAUGCAGAAAUUGGUAAAUUUCGUUUUUUAAAUGAAAUGAUUCGUCUAGUUUCGCCAAAGUAUUUAGGUGGUAAGACACCAGUUAUAGUACGUCAAAAAGUAUUACAGUUGUUACAUGCAUGGACAAAAGAAUAUCCGCGAGAAAUAAAAAUUAAAGAAGCUUAUGAAAUGUUGAAAAAGCAAGGGGUUAUCGAGGAUGAUACAAUAUUGUCAGCUAAUGAACAGGAAGAUGGAUUAAAGGUAUCAAAAACUAAAAGUACGAUAUUUGAUGAUGAAGAAAAAUCUAAAUUAUUGCAGAAAUUACUCCAAAGUAAAAUUCCUGAUGAUCUACAAAAAGCAAAUAGAUUAAUUAAAGCCAUGGUGAGAGAGGAUGAAAGAAGGAUACAACUAAAUUCACGUAGAAUAAUGGAGUUAGAAUCUGUUCACAACAAUGCAAGGUUACUAUCAGAAAUGUUAGAUUUGUACAAUUGCGACGAAACUAGCAAAGAAGAUCUUGAAUUGAUGAAAGAAUUACAUCAAGCUUGCGAGCGUUUAAAACCAGUUGUACUGGGAUUAGCGAACGAAAUCCACGAUAACGAAGGGAUGCUAGGUGAUGUGCUUGCCGCGAGCGACGAAUUGGAACAAGUAUUUGAGAAAUACGCUGCAAUUAUAGUUCGCGGUGAAUGCGUAAAAUCUAAGACGGAGUCCAUCAACCCGUACUUGUUAGAUUUAUCUUCUCCGAUAGAGAAUAUGCCUUGUGAAAGCGGUGGUACAAAUGCAGUUGCAAAUUCCGAUGUGACAAGAACAAAUCAUCAAUCGGACAUGGAAGUUCUAGGAGAUAUCUUUAGUUCCCUAGAAAAAUCUGAAAAUUCGGAAAUUUCCUCGGUUUCUAAUCCAAAUCUAUUAAUGACCGAUUCGAUUAUGCAGCCGAUCAAUAUUUUACCUACAAAUAAAAAAGACGAAUCAAUUAAUAUUCCUGAACGAAAAGUAGACAGUAAAACUAGAGCACUGGAGGAAUUGAACGAACUGGGAGAAUCUUUGCUUAAACAAAGUUUAUCGGGUACGGCUUUAAACGUACGUUCAAAUUCAGGAAGUGUACAAUCUGUAGUUCGUACGUCGAGUACCGAAUCUUCGGUAAAAUACGAUACAACGAUUUUCCCGCGCAGCAGUUGUUCGCGUUCGUCCGACCUAUUACAAUCUACAAAUACGAGAAACAACAAACCGUCUAAUACCCAUUCAGAUGCGCUCGAUAAUUUUUUACCUCGUGACGGUGCAAAUUCACAAAGUAUCAUCGAUUCUAACGUGAACGAAAAGAUUAAUGCGAACACUUCCAACAAUCGAUUAAUUGCAUGGGAUCCAAUUUCGACGACAUCAACGACCGCAAAUACAGUUAAUGUAGAACCCGAGAUCAAAUCAUUAGCAGACAUUAAUGUUAAUCUUCAAGAUAUCAAACCGGGUAUUAAUCCACCUAUAACCGUGAUCGAAGAAAAAAAUGGUAUAUCUGUAGUGCUUCAUUUUGCUGAAGAUAAUCCAAGACAAGACGUAUUUGUAGUAGUAAUUACAACGAUGAGCAAAAAUUUAAAACCACUUAGCAAUUAUUUGUUUCAAGCAGUGGUGCCAAAAAGAUGUAAAUGUAGACUUCAACCACCUUCUGGAACUGAAUUGCCAGGUCAUAAUCCGUUUCUUCCUCCGUCGGCAAUUACACAAAUCAUGCUGAUCGCCAAUCCUAAUAAGGAAACAGUAUCGUUAAAAUUUAUGUUAAGUUACACUAUGGACAAUGAAACUUUUACAGAAAUGGGAGAAGUAGAAAAAUUGCCUUUAUUUUAAACUGCAUUUCUUAUUGAGUACUUACGAGAUAACAAAGGUAUACAAAAAAAACAAAGAAAAAAGAAAAGAAUAAAUGAACAUCGCAAUGAUGGUUUAAGAAAGGAGUGCAUUAUUUCCUAAGAACGAGAUCUUGAAAUUAAUUAAACGACUAAACGUUCA